AUGUCACGUUGGUAUGACAACAUAACCGAAUCGAAAUAUGAGUCAACUGAGCUUUACACAACAAAAGACGAAAUCACUUCAGUCUCUGCGAAAUCUUCGAAAUCGCUUUUGAUCACUUUAAUGAACGGAACGGCGGUUCUUAAAAACGACGACAAAACUGAGGAAAAAACACCGAAAGACGAGAAAGAUCAAAAAGAGAAAUUUAUUGGGAGUUGUGUCUUUAACGGGAACUAUUACAUUCUCUCAGAGCACGCGAUAUUUAAAGUCGACGCCGAUGCACUCGCGAAGGUCAAAGAGAUUAAGGAGAAGUGCACACAAAUAGCCGCGACGAAUGAAAUCAUGGUUGUAGCGACCGAAGAGAACAAGACGUUAGUCUUUGACGAGGAACUUCAAGAGGUCAAAACCCUAGAAUUUCCCGACAUCAAUCAAAUUAGGUGCAACGGGACUCUUGCUGCGUUUGCGAUAAAGAAAGGAGUUGAAGUCAUCACUGGGAAGGCGUGUGAGUCGAAGGAUGAUGUUUACUUUAACAAUGGUGUGAUGAAGACGUACGGUGAGUCACAGUCUGUCUGUGUGACAAAAGAUGACAAAUACAUAGUAGUUGGGAACGAAGAAGGCCGCAUCAACUGUCUUGAAAAGAAUGAGGCGCAGUUUGUCUUCUACGCGCAUUGCGACAAGAAAGAGAACAAGAACUAUAAAGUGACUGCGAUCAAUAGUUAUAACGAUGGGUAUAUCUUGACAACAGGAGAGGAUGGGAUGAUCAAUGUGUUUAACUUAGAUAAGAAGGAAGUCAUUACAUCAAUUGUAGUGCCGAAGAGUCAAAUACUGAAUGCUUUAAUUAGUGAAGACAAGCUCAUCUUCAUUGUGAAGAGUGCAAAUGAAUAUAAAGUGUCACUCAUUUCGAUAGAACCACUGCUGGAAGUUGCUCCACAAAUUGCGCAAAAGAUUCAGAAGAAGCGCGGGAGGAAGACAAAUGUGGAGAGAGCGAAAACUAAGAAAGAGAAGAUGAUGGAAGAGGAAGAGUCUCCGAAGAAGUUGCGACCCCGGAGAGGAAGGAAAGCAAAGAAGGAGGUCAUCGAAGAAGUCUCUGAUGAAGAGGAAGAAUCUUUGGAGUAUUCUUCUGAAGAAGAAGAUUCGUAUCAACCGGAAGAUACUGACUCUGAGGAUGAUCGAGUGAAACACAAGACGCGAGGAAGAAAGGCGAAGAGAGAAGUUACUGUAGUCAAGAAAGGGACGAGUGGCAAGACGGUGAAGAUACUUGGCAAUGAUAGAAAGGUUGAGAAAACACUGAAGAAGGAGAUCUCGAAGAAGGGGCUAUUCACAUUAACAGGAAUGAAUGGGAAAGCAGAUGUGGUUGUUUCUGAUGAUGGGAAGCGUACCAUUGAAAUCAUCGACAGCUUGGUCCAAGGUCUUCCUAUAGUCAGCAAAGACUAUAUCAAAGAAUCACACAAGGCAGAUAAGGCACUUCCAGUGACACAAUAUUUGAUGAAAGACAAAUUUCCUGGUGUGAAAGGGAGUGUCAAUGAGAAAUUGUUUGAGAACAAAACUGUUGCGAUAUUUGGGGAGCUCAAAAUACGAGACCCAGUUAUUAGAAAGUGGGUGGAGCAGCUUGGAGGCGAACUGAUUGCACGAAUUAAGAAUGCGAAUUACGUCUUAGUUGGGCUCCACGAAUUUAAAUGCGAUGCGACAAGAAGAACGGAUGGAUUUGCCGUGAAGGAGGAGUGGCUGUACGACUGCAUAUCUGAAAUGAAACUUUUAAGUCCAGAGACGUACUUGGUUGAUGGAGAGUUUAAAGAAGAGAAAGAGAAAUUAGUCGAGACAGACGCACCAGCUGGAGAUAAAAAAGAAGAAGCGACUGGAGUUAAGAAGCGCAAAGAAACACUGAAGAAGUAUAAGGACAAAAAAGAGGCCAAAGAAGAGAAACUAAAGGAGCACAAGGAGACCACUGAAAAGGUAGACAGCAAGACGAGUAAAGAAGAAGUUGCAAAGGAAGAGUGUAAAGAAGAGAAGAAAGAGGAACCUGUUGAAGAGAAAAAAAUGGAAGUGGAACCCCCCAAAGAAGAAACUAAGUUGGAAGAACACAAACCAGCAAUGGAAGAAGAAAAGCCGAAACCUGUAAUAGAAGGAGAGAAUAUUACUGCCAAGAAGGAGGAGGAAAAACCUCAAGAAGACAAAGAAACAACUACAAACAAAGAAGAGAAGAAGGAAGAGAAGGUUGAAAAGACCGAACAGAAAUUGGAAGAAGUUAAAGCAUAG